AUGAAGACAGCCAAUUGCACACAGGUAAGAGAGUUUGUUUUCCAAGGUUUCUCCAAUUUCCAAGAGCACCAGCUCACGCUCUUCAUUGUCUUCUUUACCCUAUACAUCCUGACUCUGACUGGCAAUCUCAUCAUUGUGACCAUUAUCCGCAUUGACCACCACCUUCACACCCCCAUGUAUUUCUUCUUAAGUGUUCUCUCAACUUCAGAGACUUUCUAUUCUCUGGUCAUCAUCCCACGCAUGCUUGGAAGCCUUGUGGGUCUUAGCCAAUCCAUCUCCCUGGAGUGCUGUGGGAUUCAGCUAUUUUUUUUCCUUGGCUUUGGAAUCACCAACUGUCUCCUGCUAGCAGUCAUGGGUUAUGAUCGCUAUGUGGCCAUCUGCAACCCCCUUCGCUAUAGCAUCAUCAUGAAUUGGAGGGUGUGUGUCACUCUGGCCUCUUCAGUCUGUGCCACGGGGUUCUUGCUCUCACUAGUCCAGGCUAUGGCCAUAUUCAGGUUGCCAUUUUGCAACACACUGAUAAAACAUUUCUUCUGUGAUGUCCGACCUAUUUUGGAUCUGGCCUGCAUGGUGCCAGUCAUCAAUGACAUCUUGACAUUAGUUCUCACCCUCAUGGUCAUCACAGCUCCUGCCACUUUCCUAUUUGUGUCCUAUGUCCUUAUUAUUUCUACCAUUCUCAAGAUUGCGUCAGCUGAUGGCUGGAAAAAAACAUUUGCCACCUGCAGCUCCCACCUCACUGUGGUCGUCAUCCACUAUGGUUGUGCCUCCAUUGUAUACUUCAAGCCCAAGUCAGAGAACACCAAGGACCAAGACCAGCUGAUCUCAGUGACUUACACUGUAAUAACACCUCUACUAAACCCUGUUGUGUAUAGUCUGAGAAACAAAGAAGUCCAGGAUGCUCUUCGAAGAGUGUUGUGUAGAAAAUACCUAUCAUAG